AUGGUGCUAGCAAAAGCGCUGCUGAUGACCGCUGGUCUUGUACCAACACUGACAUUCGCUGCGCCAGCGGUUCAUGGGCGUAACUACCACAGCACAUGUAGGAAGACUACUGUGGCGGUCAUUGGUGGCGGAGUUGCCGGCAUUACAGCUGCGCAAGCACUUGCCAACCAAUCUGUCACCGACUUCCUGAUCCUUGAGUAUCAAGACCAUAUCGGUGGCCGUAUGCGAAACACCAAAUUUGGCUCUGAUCCUGGCGGCAGCCCUUACACUGUCGAAUUAGGCGCGAACUGGAUCUCAGGACUAGGUGAAGAUACCGUAGACGGCCCAGAGAACCCUGUCUGGACUUUCUCGAAACAAGUGAACCUGACAAGUCCAAAUUCGGAUGUCUUUUCUAUCGCGACCUACAACGAGACAGGUGCUGUGGACUACACAAACAUUUUAGAUGAGUUCGAAGAGUACUGGAGUGACUUCGAGCAAAGCGCUGGUACUAUACUAUCUGAGAACCUGCAAGACAGAAGUUUUCGCGCCGGCCUUUGGCAAAGUGGGUGGAGGCCGAAAGGCGAUCCGGCACGCAAGGCUGUUGAGUACUAUCUUUGGGACUGGGAGACUGCCCAGACGCCAGAGGAAUCGAGCUUCGUCUACGGCAUCACAGGAUACAAUCUGACUUACUACGCUUUCUCCGAGAUCAGCAAUUUCUGUACCGACCAGCGCGGUUUCAAUACGUGGCUCAAGUAUCAAGCGUCAAAAUUUCUCAAGCCUAACGAUCCACGCCUUCUCCUCAAUACCAUCGUAACAAACAUCACCUACUCAGAAACUGGCGUAAAUAUCACCACCUUAGAUGGCUCGUGCGUAGAAGCCGAUUACGCCAUCUCCACCGUCUCGCUUGGCGUGCUACAGAACGAUGUCAUCACGUUCGAGCCCGAACUCCCAGAAUGGAAGCAAUCCGCGAUCGCCACAUUCUCAUUCGGCACAUACACUAAGCUCUUCUUCCAGUUCAACGAGACGUUCUGGCCAGACGACAAGCAGUUUUUUCUUUACGCCGAUCCCACGACGCGCGGAUACUACACAGUGUGGCAGAGCUUGUCAACGGCAGGGUUCUUACCAGGUUCCAACAUCAUUUUCGCCACACUAGUCGACGAACAAUCUUACCGUGUUGAGGCACAAGACGAUGAAACCACAAAGGCAGAAGGCAUGGCCGUCCUUCGCAAGAUGUUCCCCAACACCACUAUUCCAGAACCAGUUGCGUUCACCUACCCACGCUGGUCUCAAACACCAUGGUCUUACGGAUCUUACUCCAACUGGCCUGCUGGCACCACGCUCGAGAUGCACCAGAAUCUUCGUGCAAACGUAGGCAGGCUGUACUUUGCUGGUGAAGCGAUGAGCGCGGAGUACUUUGGUUUUCUGCACGGCGCAUGGUUUGAGGGUCAGGAGGUUGGAGAACGUAUUGCAGGGCAGAUUACUACGGAGUGCGUUAACCGUGAGAGUGGAUGUGGAGCGUAUAACCGAUAUGAGGUUUUGCAUGGGACGACGGAGUUGUGGGAGGUCAAUGCAUUUAAUGGAAUGGGAACGAGUCCAUUCUUUGUUGCUGACACUGGGGACAUGGAGUAG